AAGACGCAAUGCCGAUUGAUUUGAUGACCAUCACACGACGCCCCUCUCACAUCCUGUUGUUGCGGAUUUUCGCACACCGCCAAUCCGUAUAAAAGCUCUAUCAGCUGAUCACAACGACAUCACUCAGCGAUCAAUAGUCUUCAGUAAAGCACAUCCUCCUACUGCAAUCAUUCUCCCCACCAUGGCUUCCAAAUUCGUUCUGAUCGUCGCUUCUCUGGCUUGCAUCAGCGCCGGAUACAUCCCGAGUGACCACUCCCAUCUGUCCUACGGUGUGGCCCCGGCUGUGAGCUACUCCAAUGUCAUCAAGAACGUUGCCCCAGUGCCAGUGCUGAGCAAGACCAUCCUUCCGGAGCCUCAGCUGUACCACGGAUACGCCCAGACUGCCCCGACGGUUGUGGUCAGCAAGUCUCUGGCUCUUACCAACCCUCUGCCCGUGUCCUAUGCUGCCCCUCACUCUCUGUACCAGGCUCCGGCUCUCGAGUACACGAAGCCUCUGUCUUAUGGCCCAUAUGCCAAGACUGUGAUUGCUGCUGAGCCAACCUACGCCAAGACCAUCGUGUCGGAGCCCAUCUACACCAAGAACGUGUUCGCUGAGCCGAUCUACCCGGCCAAGACGCUGAUCGCUGAGCCGGUGUACGGCAAGAGCAUUCUCGCUCAGCCAGCUCCGAUCUACGGUGGAAAGGUCCUGUCUUAUGGCCCACAGGUCGCCUACGGAGGCUAUGGUGCCCAUGGCUGGUAAAUGUUUUGACUGUGAUAAUUUAUGGGUUGGAUGCGUGCUAAGAGAUAUUUGUGAUAUGUGCAAGAAUAAACGUUUAUUUAUGUAACCUUA